GGAGCUCGAAGUGAAAGCCACAACUUGCCUUGCUUAAUUAUUCAGCCUAAAACUAAAAGAAAUCAUGCUUGUCAAAUUCAUCUGCGCUGUUAUCACCAGGGCUUUGUUUAUUUUAGUAUCUCUCAUUGGUGUAUGGAGGGUGACAUGGGUGAAAAAAAAUAAUUUAUACUGGUUUCUGACUAUCCUCUAUCUACCUCUCGUGGUUGAAAUGAUUUUAACUCUGAGAAGAAGAAAAGGGAAGGAUUACAAAUGGUUUUCUCCAGCAAUAUUGUUUUUCCUAAUCAGUAUCAUACCAACCAUAUGGAUCCUUGAGUUGCAUCAUCAGAAAAACAAAUCAAGUGAUACUAAGUGUACUACUCUGGAUUCAUCUGAGAGCAUUCGAGCUUUACUUAAGGACUGGAGAAAUUUGACCAAUGGAAACAUGAGUCAACAGGACCCUCUGAAACUUUUGUCUUCGGUUUGUGCCAAUGACUGGAUCCUGGCCCUUCAACAAAUCGUCCUGAUCCUGCUGAUAGUGGGGAAGUGGCUGCUACCGAUCGCUGGAGGGGUCACCAGAGAUGAAAUAUCCCAAUUGUUGCUCAUCUUUGUAGGCACAGCUGCUGAUAUCCUCGAGUUCAUCAGUGAGACGCUCGCUGAUGUGGAGAAGGAAAGUAUUGAGUUUGUGUGCGUUAUUCUUGGAGUCUGGACAUUGAGCAUGCUACAGUUUCCUUUGCAUUUCUCAGUGGUGAACACCAAACGUGAGGAUGUCUGCGAAAGCCAGGAUGGCUCUCUCAUUUCCAAGUUCAGGACUGAUAUAUGGGACAUUGCAGGAACUAUUUUUCUUCAAGACGGCCCCUUCUUUGUUGUCCGACUUGCAGUUAUGAUUCAUUUUUAUAACUUUCAUCAAAUGCUGGUCUUCUUUACCAUUAAGAACUUUCUAGUGGUGCUGAUUAACAUCUACAGGCUGUGGGUAAUUUGGUCAGAUAACAAACCCUGACAUGUACAAACAGGAUCUACAUGAAUAUUAUUUUAAGAACUGGCACUCUGCCAGUCACAGGGAAAAGUCUGAUUGUGUAAAUUGUUUUGACUCAUUGUGACAGAACAUCUUAUUUCUGUGGAAUCAAUAAUGUAUGCAUAUACAUCUUAUAUUAUUAAUAAGGUUGUCAGAUUAAGCAUGAGAAUAAUACAGUUUGGUGCUGUUUGUGCUACUGUGCUUAAAACUACAUGAAUUUUUCAUUCUGUUAUUCUGGUUUCUUAAAACUGAGCCUUGACAGUACCUCAGCAGAUAUUACUAAAGAUACCAUAAGAGGAAUAUAACUGGGAAAAGAAGGGUUACGAUUAGGCAAGAGCUAGGAACUGCAUCAAUAUUAGAAAAGUUUUCCAGUACUGGUAAGAUGUUAAAGUGAUAGCUCACCCAAAAAUGAAAAUUCUAUUAUUAAUUAUGUAAUAGGUUACAGAUUACAAGUUACUUGAUUUAAAAUGUAAUAAGUAGUGUAAUUUUUCAAUUACUUUAUUAAAGUAAUGUAACUUAUUACAUUGAAUUACGUUUUGAUUACUUUUCUAAAUUUCUAAUAUUUUCAACUGUUAAUCAUUUUGAAACAUUUAAACCAGGCAGAGUUAACCUUACAGUAACACUUAACACUGAUUACUGUCAGACUUUCAAAAUCCUUUCAAAACACUUGAAUUAAGAUUAUAAGUAAAGGAUAACAUACAUCUUUAUUUUGCGAUAACAACUGGCUGGAUGUACAUUAUCUCACUUAUUACACAGCUGCUUCACAGAUUAUUUAGAUGUUUCGUGUCAAAAUAAUUAGAUCUGAGUUGAAAUAUUUGAAUGCAAAGCUUCCAUGAAGAAAUCAGCUGCUAGCAAAUGGCAAGUUCAAACUAGACAUUUUAGGGAUACAGUGCAGUCACACCACUUUUCUUACGCAACAUUUCACCACAUAAAUAAUUUAGUAGUAGUACUAGUUUGUUAGUUAUCUUAUUUUCCAUUACAGUGUACAAUAUGUCGGCGCUAACCACAAGGCUAUUGGCACCGAUGCCACAAAUUCAGACUUAACAGCUCUUAUUUACUUAGAGAUCAUUGCGAGGUUAAAUACAGAUUUGAAAUCAUAAGAAAUAGUUUAAUAGCUAUGAUACUGGAUUGCAUUGUUAUGACAGAAAACACUAGCGUCUAACAAUGGAAAAAAAAUAGGAAAUAAAACAGUUAUCGAAUAAGCAUGUGUCCUAUUCUGUGUCCUAAACGCCUGAAACAUUGGUGUCUCAUUUUAGAGCAGUCAAUGCAAUUUAUGAAAGAAGUCAAUUAAAUCUGUAAGUGGGGGCAGGUGUGUGUCAGAUGUAAUCCCCUUUGUAAUCACUGGCAUUUUUCAAAAGUAACUGUAAUUUAAUUACACAUUUUUUCUCAGUGCCUGUAACUAAUUACAAUUACAUUUAUUUUGUAAUUAAAUUACGUAAUUCCGUUACAUGUAACUAGUUACUCCCCAACACUGUUAAAUACUCACACUAAUGUCGUUCCAUACACGGAAGUCCUUUGUUCAUCUUCGGCAAAACAAAUGAAGCUAUUUUUGAUGAAAUCCGAGAGCUUUCUGACCCUGCAUAGACAGCAAUGCAACUACAGCAACAAG